UUAUUCUGCGAGACUCAACGUUGGCCAGCUUCGGCAGUCUGUGCUGGUUGACGUGCGGUCUAGACCAUCGCUCGAAACAUCGCUUGACUCAACCAGGACAUAUUUAAUUCGCGUCUUCGCGUCCCAGCCCACAUCGCUUCACUAUCAUAUUCUUUUCAGUUCCACUGCACUCCAGAAUUACCCUGCUAACACGCGGGAAACAGACUCCGGCAAGAUGUUUGUCAAGCAGCUUCUCCCUGCCUUCGUGGCAAUCGGCUCUGUAGCGGCCCAAACGUCGACGUGCACUGUGUCCACGACGACUGUCAACAGCCAGGCCGAUGCGACCAAGCUUGCAGACUGUGAUACCGUGAAGGGCUCUGUCGUGGUCGGCACAACUGCUGGCGACAUCAAUCUUGACGGUCCGAAGGAGAUCACCGGUGAUUUCAAGGUACUCAACAAUGGCGCGAUCUCGCAAAUCUCGAGUUCCAGCCUGGAGAAGGUUGGCGGUGCCUUUACCAUGACCAACGUGACCAAGCUCAACACCAUCAACUUCUCGUCUUUGACCUCGGUUCAAUCGCUCAGCUGGCAAUCGCUCACGGGCAUCAACUCGGUCACCCUUGGACCUCUGAGGGAAGCUGAUUCGGUCAUCAUCAGCGAUACCUUCCUCAACAACCUGGACGCGUUCAACCUGAGCACUGUCAAGGUCCUCAACCUGAACAACAACCGCCGCCUCGUCAAGAUCAGCAACUCGCUGAAGAGCCUGUCGGAUUUCCUCAACAUUCAAGCCAACGGUCUCAACCUCGAGGUGGAAUUCCCCGACCUGAUCUGGAUCGCCAACAUGACUGUUGCCAAUGUCACCAAGUUCUCGAUUCCGUCACUCAAGGUCGUCAACGGCUCCGCUCGCUUUGACUCGAACUUCUUCACAUCGUUCAGCGCUCCUAACCUGACCAAGACCGAGUCGGGCGAUAUCUCCUUCGUUGGCAACGCCAAGCUCCAGAACAUGACGUUCCCCAAGCUGACGGCGAUCGGUGGUGGCCUGCUCGUUGCCAACAACACCGGUCUGGACAAGAUCGACGCCUUCAACAAGCUUGAGACCGUGGGUGGUGCUGUCAAGCUCCGCGGAAAUUUCACCGACGUGAGCUUCCCGGAGCUCGAUGUCGUCAAGGGUGCUUUCGAUGUCUCCAGCACUGCUGAUAUCGACGAGGCGUGCGAUAAGCUGAAGGAGCUCGCUCCCCGCAGCCAGGGCGGUUCCGGCAAUAUCCAGGGCACUUGGGCGUGCACCAGCAACAACUCGAAGGCCAACGAGGACACCGACUCCAGCACUUCAGCCGGCGGCUCUUCUGGUGGCAGCAAUGGCAGCAACGAUGAAAACGGUGCCGCGGGCAUUGCCUUCAACGCCGCGCUCCUGGGUCUUGUCGGCGUUGCCGCCUUUGCCUCGGCUCUCUAAGUGACGGAUACCCAUGUUUGUUCUGGGUCCUUUGGCGUUUACUAGGUCAGGCAAAUACGGAUUCUUUUCUGGUCUGGUGGUCACCGUCGGCGCAGCACCUCCGUAACAUGGCACCCACCCCUGCCGUCAUCGCGCUGGAUUCUUUCUGUCUUUCC